AUGGAGUGCAAACCGACGUCGACGCCGAUGGAGAAUCGUUUGCGACUGGAGAAGGGAGUUGAAGCGCAGCGUACCACCAAACCGUACAGAGAACUCAUUGGCUGUUUGAUGUACGCGGCACUCACCACGAGGCCGGACCUGUCUGCUGCAGUAAACUACUUUAGCCAGUUCCAGGCAUGCCCGAAUGAUGAGCAUUGGAUCCACCUUAAACGGGUGCUCAGGUAUGUCAAAGGAACGCUGGAUGUCGGGCUUGUCUAUCGGAUCGAGAAGGAGGCGCCGUUGCUGGAAGUCUUCUGUGACGCUGACUGGGCGAACGACCUGGUCGAUCGACGAUCGGUGACAGGGUGCAUCUUCAAACUGUACGGUUGCACGGUGAACUGGAUUACCCGGAAACAACCAACCGUUUCGUUGUCCUCGACGGAAGCUGAACUUGCAGCGCUGUGUACCGCCGCGUGCCAUACUCUCUGGAUGGUGCGGGUGCUCCGCGACUUGGGAUUGAAGCCGGACGGGCCGAUUUCUGCACGAGGACAAUCAAUCAACAAUUCGGAUUGCCGAGGAUGCGCGUGA